UGUUUCUUGAGGUCCACUCUGGGUUGGUUUUCUUCAACUUUCCCUUCUUUUUCUUGCGGAUGAUGAUAAUAUGGCUGAUUUGUAGAAUGAUAUGAAAUGGGUUAAAAAGCUCAAAAGGAUGUCCCCGACAGAGAAAUUAUGGCCUGCCCAGUCUACACUCGAGAGAAGCUAAACUACUUCAGGAUUUGUCAUAUAGUCACUGAUAUACUACCACAAGGGCUGCGAUCCCUUUUCAAACAAGAAUGGGACAGUCGUUAGCAGGCAACGUUGGGAGAAUGGAAAGAUACACCUCAAAAUGGACUGGACUUCUACAACAGAGAAUCUGCUCGGAGCCGAACACGAAAUGCACGUCUGCUAGAAACGAUAAGAAACGGAAACAGGGCGAAGUGGGAUUGUACUACACUCUUUUUUGCAAUCCUUUACUCUGAUUCUAUUGGCCGCGGACUCGGUGCAGCAGUCCGCUCGAAUGCCGAUGAUCUCAGAGAGUUUCGCAAUGAAGAGUUCGCUCACAUGCCGCAUGGUCAGCUACCAGAUCUACAGUUCAUACUCGCCGUUCGUAAAGUCGAGUACGCAUUUCAGUGUCUUAGUCUUUCCACCACUGAGAUUAAACAUAUCUUCAAGCAGAAAAGUUUUCCGACGGAGGAACUGGAAAAUGUUUGGAAAAACGUUAAAAGCCUUUACGAAGAACUACAUGUAACAAAUGUCAAACUACAAAUCUCUGAAGAAGAACGCCAAUUCCUUGAAGAACAUCAUCGUAACCUCGAGGAGCAGGUACCUAAAAAUGUCUCUCCAUUCUGUAUCCUUCCGCCCAAACCAUCGCACGAAAUCGCACCUCGCGAGAGCGAGGUUGGAAAAAUAACGAAACAGCUUGAAAGACUUAGGGAAGCAAAUGAAAAUGGUUUGAGUUACUUAUAUAUUUCCGGUAACCCUGGAAGUGGUAAAUCUCAACUGGCCGGCCUAGUAGCUCAGAAAUUCUACGAAGCAGCCAACAUAGACCUCAAAACCCCUACAUUCGUAAUGACUCUGAACGCUGAAAGUUCAAAAACGCUUUUGGAAUCGUACGUUUCUUUGGCAAGACAAAUCAAGUGCAAUGAACACACUGUUAUGUUCACCCUAAACUCAACAAAGAUGCAGUUUGAAGAAAAAGUUAACAAUCUAAAGGAUUUGUUAGCAACCAAAAUUCCUCUUUAUGGUUCUUGGCUCUUGGUGGUCGACAAUGUCACAAGUUUAUCGGAAGUAAAUGAUUUUCUCCCUCAGCCCAGAAAUGAACCAUGGACGAAAGGCCAGUUGCUUAUCACAACGCAGAACACUUCAUCCAUCCCCUCUGAAAGCUCCUUUGUCUCUCACAUCUCAGUGAGCAAAGGCAUGAUGCCCACAGAUGCCACUUCUUUUUUACAGAAGGUUUCGGGGAUUAGACAACAAGGGGUGGAAGAUAAAGUCGCGGAGGCAUUAGAUUACCAACCUCUCGCACUGGCUAGUGCAGGCGUGUACGUAAGAAAGGUUCGUGAAAGUCAAGUACACAGAAACUUUGGAUGGAAGGAUUAUUUAGAAAAACUAGAAAGAGGUAUGCGAACCCGUACUGAAACGAAACUCAUUGAAACCAACCCUUGCUACGGGAAAUCCAUGACUGUGGCAACAAAGCUGGCCAUUGAAAGAGCGAUAGACAAUGAUACUGUUGUAAAAAGUGCAUUUACACUCUUUUCGCUAUGUUCUCCACAACCUCUGCAUCUAGACAUUGUUAUGAAUUACAUUUUGAAUGACAAGAAUCUGUUUUUGGAUAAAGAAGAAAUUGCUCUUCAGAUCCAAGGUUACUCACUUUUUAUGUUCGAGGAAAGAGAAAAAGGUACUUUUGCCAGUACUCAUCGAGUUGUGCAUGAGGUCAGCAAAUCUGUAAUCAACGAGUGCCAGGAGACUGAUAAACACGGUCAAAGUGUUGCGCUGGCUGUAAUGUCCUUCAACCAAUUCAUAGACUCUCACCUACCACAAACUUGGAACGAGCAAAACUCUAUUUGUGACAGCGAGCAUCUCAUUUCACACUUAAAUGCGUUAGCUGUCGAAGUUGAAAAUGUCUUCCUUCAUGAAGAAAAAUAUCAAGUUAUCAAAAAAGAGGUAUUCAAAUUUUCCAAUCUAGUAGAAUAUUUCAGAAGGCUUGCUGUAAUCUGUCGGAAUCACUGUGAAUUUUCAGGUGCUAAAGUUUACUGUGAAACAGCUUUGAAACUGGUUGAAAACAGUGAAGCUUCUGGAGGAGUAGAUCAUGCUGAAAUCUAUAGCCUGUUAAGCAUUAUACUAUGGAAAAUGGGUGGACUACAAGAAGCAAAAGUGUAUUGUGAGCGUGCUUUAGACAUUAACUUUAGCGAACUUGGACCCCAACAUGUUGCCCUUGUGGCUACUUACAAUGUUUUGGGUCUGGUUCAGCGUGAAUUGGGUGACUUGAAAAAUUCCAAGAAGAAUCAUGAACGUGCUCUAGACAUUCAGCUAAAACAUCUUGGACCCCAGCAUGUUGAUGUUGCAAAUACAUAUCAUCAUUUAGGUAAUGUACAGCACAACUCGGUUGACCUGAAACAGGCCAUGGAGUAUUACAAACGUGCCUUAGAAAUUCAGAGGAAGAAUCUUGGUGAUGAUCAUAUUUUUGUGGCGUUUUCAUUCAGUAACAUGGGUGUGGUGGAAAGUGAACUGGGAAACCUACAACGAGCCAAGGACCAUUUUAAACGCACUCUGGACAUAAGGUUAAAAGCGCUUGGAAACGAGCAUGUUGAUGUCGCCCGUAGCUGCUUUGACUUGGGUGUUGUGCAAUACGAAUUGGGAGACCUGCAAGGGGCCAAGGAGUAUUAUGAGCGUGCUCUAGACAUUCGCUUUCAAAAGCUCGGACCCGAGAAUAUUCCUGUCGCACAUACACUCUGUGAGUUGGGUGAUGUACAACGUGAACUGGGGCAUCUGCAACAGGCCAAGGAAUAUUACGAACGAGCUCUGAACAUUAAACUGAAGAAGCUUGGACCCGAGCACUUUGAUCUCCUGUCUAUUUACCUUAACAUGGGCGUGGUACAGAGUAAAUUGGGUAACCUGAAACAGACCAAAGAAUAUCACGAAAAAGCAUUGGCUUUGCGCUUGACGAAUCUUGGACCUGACCAUGUUGAUAUAGCGAAUUCAUACCAUCAUUUGGGUAAUGUUCAAUUUGCUUUGAAUAACGCGCAACAGGCGAAGGAGCUUUACGAGCGUGCUCUAAAAGUCCAGUUGAAGAAUCUUGAACGUGACCAUGUUUAUAUGGCUUUUUCCUACGAAGGAUUGGGAAGUGCACAUCGUGAAUUAGGUGACCUGGUUAAAGCCAAGGGGAAUUAUGAACUUGCACUUAACAUUAGAUUGAAAAAGCUUGGCCCCGAGCAUGAUGACGUCGCAUCCACGCACCAUAACUUGAGUAUGCUACAGCGUGAAUUGGGCGAGUUGCAACAGGCCAAGGAACAUUUGGAAUGUGCCCUAAACAUUAUGUUGAAAAAGCUUGGACCCGAGCAUGUUGAUGUCGCGCGUGUUUACGAUGACUUAGGUAAUGUACAGCGUGAUUUAGGUGACUGGCAAAAGGCCACAGAGUAUUACGAACGUGCUCUAAACAUAAGGUUGAAAAAGCUUGGACCUGGACAUGCUGAGGUCGCGUCUACUUACCAUAGCUGGGGCUACGUACAGUGUCAGUUGGGUGAUCUGCAAAAGUCCAAGGAAUGUUACGAACGAGCAUUGGCUAUACGCCAAAAAAAUCUUGGAUGUGAGCAUAUUGACAUGGCGAAUACAUACCAUCACUUGGGUGUUGCAGAAAGUCAACUGGGUAAUCUGCAACGGGCCAAGAAGUGUCACGAACAAGCAUUGGCUAUACGCCUGAAAAAUCUUGGACCUGACCAUGUUGAUAUGGCGAAUUCAUACCAUCACUUGGGUAAUAUACAAUUUGCGAUGAAUAACGUGCAACAGGCGAAGGAGCUUCACGAACGUGCUUUAGGCAUCCAAAUGAAGAAUCUUGAACCUGACCACGUUUAUGUGGCUUUUUCACUCCAUAACUUGGGUGAAGUACAGCGUGAAUUGGGUGACCUGGUUAAGGCCAAGGAGAAUUUUGAGCAUGCUCUAAACAUUAGAUUGAAAAAGCUUGGCCCUGAGCAUGCUGAUGUCUGGAGUACACACCAUGAAUUGUGUAACAUACAGCGUGCCCUAACUGUUGAGAGGGAUCAUGAAGGGAAAAAAUGCUGUGUAAUCUCUUAAUGAUAUUCAUAUCACCUUAAAUUUGUCGGAAAUUGAAAAAGCAAACUUUCGAGGCAAUUUUUUUAGCCGUACGCCAGAAGGGAUUCUUCCAAACGAAAUUUGUUGUACAUGAAAGAAAAGUCUUAGUGGCGGUGCGAAUAGUUUAUCAAUUUUCUCGAGUGAUAUGUCGUAGUUUAGAGCAGCUUUUCUGAAUAGUACAUCCAAUCUUGUGUCGAUCUCUGAAAAACAUUUUCUAGGACUUGCCGGACCAGUGAUGACACGAAUCAGCCUCGCGGAAUAAUCGAAAUGGAGGAAAUCCGUGUGAAACUAAUUGCUUUUUCGUCAACAGAGGCGCUCCUCAGACAAAAAAUAGACGUGUAAAUAGUUACUAAGAUGUACUCUUCGUUAGAAUAAAGAUGAUAAUUACAGUCAA